AGGGUUUCGCUAUAAAUAUGAAACAUAGAAAAACCCUAGUUUGCAAGCGGCGGCAGAGAACGGAGAAGAAACAGGUAUUGUUGAAAUAGAUAAUGGCUCCUAAACAGCCAAACACUGGCCUCUUUGUGGGUUUGAACAAAGGACAUCUAGUUACUAAGAAAGAGUUAGCUCCACGCCCAUCUGAUAGGAAAGGCAAAAGUACCAAAAGGGUUCAAUUUGUUAGGUCUUUGAUCAGAGAAGUGGCUGGAUUUGCACCUUAUGAGAAGAGAAUUACUGAACUUCUCAAGGUUGGAAAGGACAAGCGUGCUCUGAAAGUGGCUAAGCGAAAGCUCGGAACUCACAAGAGGGCGAAGCGAAAGAGAGAGGAGAUGUCUAGCGUUCUCCGCAAGAUGAGGUCUGCUGGAGGUGCUGAAAAGAAGAAGUGAACAUUUGUUUCUUGCAUGGAAUAUGUUCUUUAAAAUUUUGGGGAUUUUAUGCCUAAUGUUUGUUAUGGUUCCUAGACUUAUCAAAAGGGUUGGUUUUAACUAAUGUAUUUUUUAUCUGAACUUCAGUUUAAGAUAUUUCUUUUAAUCUGGAUUGUCAUUUAUUAAGUUUUCUUGGAUU